AUGACUCAGAUGGGACAUUCCAAGGCCGCAGCAGCCGCGUUGAUCGCCGUCUCCAUCCUCCUCGCGACCGUCAGCAUGUCGAUGGGAGCAGAUGCGGCUGCGGCAGCCAGCGACGUGGUUCCUGCGGAGGUGCGCGUGGGAACGGUGGUGCUCGUGGGCUCGCUCGCUCAACCCGAGCCCGUCUACUUCGACUAUAACCGCUGUGUGCCCGCGCCUGAGAUCGCCAAGGGGGCGAGCAGCGGCGGUGGUGGAAUGGCGGAUGUGCUGGUGUGGUGGGACGUGUUUUCGGAGCGCACUAUGUGCAACGCGGUGCAGCUGUUUGCAUCGCCUGACUGCUCGGGGGCACCCGCAGCAAAGUACCAAAACACAGCGUACAUGAGUACGUUCAAGAUGGGCGCAUCAGUGAAGUCCAUCCGCUGUGUUCUCGACAACAUCUGUCGGAAGGCCAAGUGUCCGAAGAACUCCACGUGCAUCAGGACAAAGGACAGCCAGGAGGUGGGCUGCCAGUGCGCCCAGGGCUACCUCCUCUCUUUUCAAAUGCAUCCCCGCAUUGCCGUCCUCUGCUGCUUACCGUCAUAUCCCGUUCCACCCGCCUUUUCCCUUGUGCCCUGUCUUCUCUUCCUCUCCCGCUCCUGUCCCCCUUAUCCUGCUCCUCUCCCCCUUAUCCCGCUCCUUUCCCCCCCCUCUCCCGCUCCUUUCCCCCCCCUCUCCCGCUCCUUUCCCCCCCCCUCUCCCGCUCCUUUCCCCCCCUCUCCCACUCCUUUCCCCCCCCUCUCCUGCUCCUUUCCCCCCCCCUCUCCCGCUCCUUUCCCUCCCUCUCCCGCUCCUUUCCCCCCCUCUCCCGCUCCUUUCCCCCCCCUCUCCUGCUCCUUUCCCCCCCCUCUCCGCUCCUUUCCCCCCCUCUCCCGCUCCUUUCCCCCCCUCUCCCGCUCCUUUCCCCCCCCUCUCCCGCUCCUUUCCCCCCCUCUCCCGCUCCUUUCCCCCCCUCUCCCGCUCCUUUCCCCCCCCUCUCCCGCUCCUUUCCCCCCCCCUCUCCCGCUCCUUUCCCCCCCCUCUCCCGCUCCUUUCCCCCCCCUCUCCCACUCCUUUCCCCCUUAUCCCGCUCCUUUCCCGUUCCACCCGCCUUCUCCCUUGUGCCCCGUCUCCCCUUCCCCUCUCCCACUUCUAAUUGCCCUCUCCCUCUCCCCCCCCCUCUCCGUCUCCUUUCCGCCCUCUCCCUCCCCCUCCUCCUGCUCCCCCCUCUUCAUGAACUGUUGCUAUGUAGUUGUGUGCUGA